AUCACUCUCUGACACACUCUACAGCCAAUCCCAACCUCGGUAUAGCCGGCGCGUCCGGACUUUUGACGGCCAACCAGAGCAUUGGGAUUUUGAUGGUUGGACGGGAAACCUUUACGACGCGAGAUCGCCCUAAAAAUUGCUCUAGCUACAAGGAUUAGAGGGGGUUGUCAAGGGCGCAGUAACAUUUCGCGUGGGUUGAGUGCGGUGUCGACUCGUUCUUGAGCCUUCGAGAUUCCUGACAUCAUUCUGCCGCGUUGAGCACUGACAGUAUGGAUCAGAGUGUUGUAGCUUUUUUUACUGUACAGGUCAAGAAUUUUGAACAAUGGGGGAAGCAGCUAAAGCAUACACGUAGCAGGUCAAGAAAAUUUAGCUGUACAUUUGACCAGAGUUACUAGACCAGGCUGGGACCGAGAAUGAUAAGUCUCUCUGACCUGGCCGAGCACGGGAAUGAGUUUUCAGAAGCUGGUUCUGCCUCAGAUUCACACUAACGUAGUGACUCGAGAGGGCUAGUACUUAAAGUAGCUGUUGACUCUUCAGGUGUCCCGUUUAACCUACAGCAAUGCGACUCGGUUUUACCUAGAGUGAUUAAGGACUCAAGAGUCUGUGCUGCUGUACCAGAAACGAGAGGGGUUUCGUUUUAAGUAAUACGCGUCGACAGUGUAGGAGCCAGCAUCCGUCUGUCAUAAAAGCUUGUGCAUUUAGCUAAGCGUUUCACUUACGACCAUCAGAGAAGGAACGGAGAACAAUGGCGGCCCAAGAUUCCGUCACCCGGAAGAUCGCCCUGAGCUACUUCUACGUCCUCGUAUGGAUCGUUUUAAGCUUCUCCGUUAUUGUGUUCAACAAAUUCAUCCUCGACAAAAAGCUCUACAACUGGCCUUAUCCUAUCAGUCUCACUAUGAUCCACAUGGCCUUCUGCUCCUCCCUCGCGUUCCUCCUCGUGAAAGUGCUCAGAGUGGUCGAGCCGAUCUCCAUGACAACCCACAUGUACCUCACAUCCGUGGUGCCUAUCGGCGCGCUCUACUCUCUCAGCCUCUGGUUUUCCAACUCGGCCUACAUCUACCUCUCAGUGUCCUUCAUCCAGUGUCCUUCAUCCAGGUGCGCACUGCCAUGAACAUGCCAGCUUAUCCCUGC